AGUGAUAUCUAUUUUCUCAACACGUUACUUUCAUUUUAUUCUUUUUAUUUUUUACUUAAAUUACUCUCCUAGCUAAUCGGUGAAGUAAAGACAAAGCUGCUGCUCGCUCUAGAUUCUCGCUUCUUUAUCACUUGUUUAUCUGUUGCAGAGAGAGAGAGAGGGAGAGGGAGAGAUUUUGUGAUUGUACCGUUAAUUUGUAGCUGCAUGAUUCCUGGUUAUACAGACUAGGAGCCAUACUGUAGCUGGCCUUUGAUGCAAUGGGUUAAAAGUUCAUAGACUGUAAUACGUAAGGGCAAUCUUGUGAAAGACAUCAUUGAGGAAAAAUGAUGAACAAGUCACUCUUUUUGACAUACUUGUACCUACUUGUCUACAUUUUGCUCUCCUCUGGAGUUAUAUUGUACAACAAGUGGGUUCUAUCUCCAAAGUACUUCAAUUUUCCGUUCCCUAUAACUCUUACAAUGAUUCAUAUGGGAUUUUCUGGAGCAGUAGCAUUUUUUCUCAUUCGUGUUUUGAAGGUUGUUGCGCCUGUUAAAAUGACAUUUGAAAUAUAUGCAACAUGUGUGAUACCAAUAAGUGCCUUCUUUGCUUCAAGUCUCUGGUUUGGGAACACAGCUUACUUGCAUAUAUCUGUCGCUUUCAUUCAGAUGCUUAAAGCCCUAAUGCCAGUUGCAACAUUUCUCAUGGCUGUUUUAUGCGGCACUGACAAAUUAAGAUGGGAUGUCUUCUUGAAUAUGUUGCUGGUCAGUGUUGGGGUGGUUGUUUCGUCAUACGGGGAAAUCCAUUUUAAUGUGAUUGGUACAGCUUAUCAAGUCACUGGCAUAUUUGCAGAAGCUUUGAGGCUUGUCUUAACUCAAGUUCUGCUGCAAAAGAAAGGCUUGACUCUCAAUCCUAUCACAAGCUUAUAUUACAUAGCUCCAUGCAGUUUCGCAUUCCUAUUUGUACCUUGGUACUUCCUGGAGCAGCCUGGGAUGGAAGUCUCACAGAUUAAAUUCAAUUUCUGGAUCUUUUUCUCCAAUGCCGUUUGUGCUCUAGCAUUGAACUUCUCAAUUUUCUUAGUAAUUGGUAGAACUGGAGCUGUGACCAUUCGAGUUGCUGGUGUUCUGAAAGAUUGGAUAUUGAUUGCUCUUUCAACUGUAAUCUUUCCGGAGUCCAUUAUUACUGGACUGAACAUUACUGGCUACGCAAUAGCACUCUGUGGUGUUGUCUUCUAUAACUACAUAAAAGUCAAGGAAGUUCGUUCAUCUCAACUUCCAGUUGAAAGUAUUCCAGAAAGAAUUACAAAGGAAUGGAAGUUGGAGAAAAAAUCAUCUGAUAUAUUCACACCUGAUACUGAAGAUGAUGGAAAUAAUGGUAGGAUUGUUAGUUCUGCUUCUGAUCUAAAUGUAGAUGAAGAGGCACCUCUAGUUCCUUCAUCUAGGAUCUCUCAUAUUGGACGCUCUCAGCUAAGCAACCGGGAUGCAUAGUUGCGAGAGUGCAAAUAAUGAUUUACAUAGAGAACCCUUUACUCUUUAAAGUCAAAGACAAGCUGCUGAGAAGUGAUGCAUGUAUUCUAUAGUCACCAGUAAAUAUCCAUUUUUUGUAGGGGAUAUGUAAAUUCUGAGCAAAAUUCAAUGUAGCAUCUAUUCAUCCGGCAGCUGGCUUGCUCAAGACCAAAGUUAUGCUUGGGUUCUUCAAUAGCAUUUUCUCUUUUUUUUUUCUUUUUUUGUUAUUUGCCUUGUCUGGAUGUGAUUUUAACAUUUACUACUAAAAGAGGGAUACAGUGUUUGUAUUCAUUCGAAUUUCAUUUAUUUUUAUUCAAUCAUAACGAUAUUUGUGAUUGGUAAAGAAGUUUAUCAUGGUGUA